CACUCCCUUCAACACCAACCACCACUACUGUUCACUAUUUGGCCACUUUGAGAUUUCCUCAGCGAGGAGGGGUUUUUACUCAAUAGAGCAGGACUUCUGGUUAUAUGUGCAUCCGAAGGGCUGACUGCAGGCAAUGAAACAGUAGAACAUUAGCAGGUGUAGACGUACCCCCCACACCGCCCGCCAAGAUGGUGGCCCUGUCCCUGAAGAUCUGUGUCCGCCAGUGCAACCUGGUGAAGACCAUGCAGUUUGAGCCGUCCACGGCCGUCUACGACGCCUGCAGAAUCAUCAGAGAGAGGGUUCCCGAAGCCCAGACUGGACAAGCCUCAGACUACGGCCUGUUCCUUUCUGAUGAGGACCCCAGGAAAGGMAUCUGGCUGGAGUCAGGAAGAACUCUGGAUUAUUACAUGCUGCGGAAUGGGGAUAUCCUUGAUUACAAGAAGAAACAGAGGCCAUUGAAGAUCAAGAUGCUGGAUGGAGCUGUGAAAACCAUCAUGGUGGACGACUCCAAAACAGUGGGAGAGCUGUUAGUGACAAUAUGCAGUAGAAUAGGAAUCACCAACUACGAGGAGUACUCUCUGAUCCAGGAGGUAAUGGAGGAGAAGAAGGAGGAUGGGCUGGGCACCCUGAAGAAAGACAGGACUCUGCUCCGAGACGAGAGGAAGAUGGAGAAACUCAAAGCCAAACUUCACACAGACGACGACUUGAACUGGCUUGACCACAGCAGAACGUUCCGUGAGCAGGGGGUGGAGGAGACCGAAACUCUUCUGCUCAGGAGGAAGUUCUUCUACUCAGACCAGAACGUGGAUUCACGAGACCCGGUCCAGCUCAACCUGCUCUACGUCCAGGCACGAGAUGACAUCCUAAAUAGUUCUCACCCUGUGUCCUUCGACAAGGCCUGUGAGUUUGCAGGGAUUCAGGCUCAGAUCCAGUUUGGACCGCACAUAGAACACAAACACAAACCUGGAUUCCUAGACCUCAAGGAGUUUCUACCUAAAGAAUAUAUCAAGCAGCGAGGGAAUGAAAAGAAAAUCUUUCAGGACCACAAGAACUGUGGUGAGAUGACAGAGAUAGAAGCUAAAGUAAAGUACGUGAAGCUAGCCAGGUCCCUAAGGACAUACGGAGUGUCUUUCUUCCUGGUGAAGGUAAGAUU